AUGAAAUCAAUUAAAAGUUCGUUCAUUACUUUUUUCCGCGAUGGAUUCAAAAAAAUUGCAGCCAUCAAGCUGGAUACACCAGAAUCUGAAUUCAAUGAGGAAAUCGACGCAUAUGCAAAUUUGCUGGAAGAUGAAACUGUUGCCCUAUCUCCGGCGGCACCAGUGAGGCCGGUUCCACUGGGAGUCGAAGUCAAAGGUGAUGGUGACAUCCCACCCGAACAGUGGCCGGAGGAUGAUCCAUACGACCAAGUGAUAAGACAAUCUGUGGCUGCAAUUUGCUCUUCGGUGGGAUUCGACGCUAUAGAUGCGAACAUGUUGGAGCUGUUAGCGCAUCGGUUGAAAAAUUAUCUGUGCUCCAUAUGUCUUGGGGCAAAGUUGAACUGUGAAGCUGCUGGUCGUACGAUAGCGAUAGCCAGCGAUGUAUGGUUAGCCUUGGCGGACCUAGGCCACAAAGUAGAUCAACUUCCAGGAUAUUUACGCCACCUUCGUGUCACCGGGACUAUUGCUAUCGCUCCACCGCGCGAUCGUCAAGAACCACCAAUACUUCCUCCAAUGCUUGUCGGUCAAUCACGUCCUCAUCCACCAUAUGUGCACGAAUUCUUUCCACCAUUCCCGGAACCACAUACUUAUAUUCAUACAGAGAUUUCGGGAGAGCCCGAUCUCACAUAUGAAGCUGUACGUAAAACUGCUGCCCAACGACGGCGAGAAAUGGAACGCUCCCUUAUUAACUAUAUGAUGUGCAUGCACGCCCACACUACGCUAUUUCCUCAAUUCGAAUCCAAAGUUCGCAACGAAGCUAAACAGUAUUUGCGGGAUCUUGAGCGUGAACGAGACUUUCGGAAGCAACGUGCAGAGGCGAUAAAAGCGGGAAUAAUUGAAAAUAAGUAUUCCGAGAGAGGAGGAAUUGACAGUGAUGAGGAUACAGAGAGUGAUAAGGAUGAAAUGGUCUCCGAUGGUGAUCUCGAAGAAGUUGCAGAAACAGAGAUGAAUAUGAUGCUGCAACGAAUACCAGCUACCUGCACAGUGAUCAAUCCUAUGCCGGAAGCGCGACCGUAUAUGUCGUGCAUGAGAUCAGACGAAAUGAAAGAAAAGAGUUUCGAUGACGAGGAUGACGAAGAGGACAGCGAAAAGAAGGAAAAUGGAGACGAAACACGGGGUAGAACACGAAGUAGUGCAAGCGCCGGAGGUGAUGAAGGGGAUUCGCAUGGACAUGCUUAUGACAAUCCUUACCUUCGAAUCGCCCAGAUACAACGAAAGGAGUUGAAAUUCUUGCGGGAGAGCCUUGAGUCUGCUUCGUAG